GGAGGAGACGGCCCUCGGGUUUCGAGUUCUCUCUCCGGGCGCACUGACCACUCGCCAGCCCUUCUGCUUCUGUUUUCUGAAGCCUGGGUCCUCUGGCUUCUGGAAUGCCCCAAUCCCGUGAAGGCGCUCCCAGUACCCUGCCCUCUUUUCGCCGCUAUGAUCCAGCCAGCGGGCCCACACCGGGCGGCCCGCAGCGAUCCAAUCGCCCCAGUAGCUUGGCUGGCACCGGCCUUUACACUCCAGAGAGGCGGACGGGUUCAAACCGGGAGCCGGGAGCGUCCUCAAGUGGCCCUCACCAUUGCGCCGCCUCCCAUGGGGGGUGCUUUUCUCGCAGACAGUCGGGACUCUGAGCAGCUCCUGCACCUCGGCACCGAAAUUCUGUUUUCCCCCUCCUGGCAUAACGCUUUUCACACCCGAAGGGGGGUACGAAAGGCUCGGGUGACUCUGGGACAGCACGCAACCCGGCUGCACGGCGCGUUCUUCCCCCCGCGGCCCGGGGAAUGGAAGGUGCAGCCAGCAGCUGCUCGGAGUGGCUAAGGCAGUGGGCUGUGCCCGAGUCUCCUCCCUUUGGCUGGUCGCAGGCCCGCGAUCCGAGCAUCCCCAAGGUCAUGGCCGCCCCGCAGCUUUUCCGAGCGCUGGUGUCGGCGCAGUGGGUGGCGGAGGCCCUGCGGACCCCGCGCGCCUCGCAGCCGCUGAAGUUACUGGAUGCCUCCUGGUACCUGCCCAAGCUGGGCCGCGACGCGCGCCGCGAGUUCGAGGCGCGCCACAUCCCGGGCGCCGCCUUCUUUGACAUCGAUCGCUGCAGCGACCUCACGUCGCCCUACGACCACAUGCUGCCGAGCGCCGCGCACUUCGCCGACUACGCGGGCAGCUUGGGCGUGGGCGCCUCCACGCACGUCGUAAUCUACGACGGCAGCGACCAGGGCCUUUAUUCCGCCCCGCGGGUCUGGUGGAUGUUCCGCGUCUUCGGCCACCGCUCCGUGUCGCUGCUGGACGGCGGCCUCCGCCACUGGCUGAGCCAGAACCUGCCAAUCAGCUCCGGCAGGAGCCCCUCGGAGCCGGCGGAGUUCUCCGCGAAGCUCGACCCCUCCUUCAUCAAGACCCACGAGGACAUCCUGGAGAACCUGGAGACCCGGAGCUUCCAGGUCGUGGACGCCCGUGCGGCCGGGCGGUUUCGAGGCACUGACCCGGAACCCCGAGAUGGCAUUGAACCCGGCCAUAUCCCCGGCUCCAUAAACAUCCCGUUCACUGAAUUCCUGACCAAGGAGGGUCUGGAGAAGAGCCCAGAGGAGAUCCAACGCAUGUUCCAGGAAAAGAAGGUGGACCUGUCCAAGCCCUUGGUUGCCACGUGUGGCUCCGGUGUCACAGCCUGCCACGUGGCCCUAGGGGCCUUCCUCUGUGGCAAACCCGACGUGCCUGUCUAUGACGGCUCCUGGGUGGAGUGGUACAUGCGUGCCCAGCCCGAGCAUAUCAUCUCCGAGGGCCGAGGGAAGACCCAGUGAGGCCCGGCAGGACACAGUACAGCUUGAGUGACACCUGACCACCGCAGUGCCAAGUCUGGUCACCCUGACUCUGCUUUGUGGAGGGUCCUUCCUCAGACAACUCAGGUGGUGUUUGGGGUGACACCCCAGAGACCGGGAGAUCCAGUGACUCCUGGGAGCCCAGUGGAGGUAGCUAUGAAGGUGGCAGGCAAUAAAAGGGUACCCAGGGGAAGGAGGGAGGGAGGGAGGGAGGGAGGGAGGCCAGGCAGCAGACCAGCCUGCAAGGUGCUAAGCUGGGGCCCACCUAGCUUGUUUCACUGUAGAGAAAUAAAACAAAACGCACAGAAGCUUUGUGGUUGUGAGAACGUCUGUUUCCUGAGGAGCCAGGGGUCCCUGCACACCUAGCAGCUUUAGGAGGUCUCCCGGCCUGGGGGGAAAACAUUGUAGCCUUCGGUUGAUGCUGGGGCCUCAGAGACCCUGUUCUCAGAUGCUGUGACAAACUCAUCCACCCACAAUCCUGGCGUCUCCCUCUGCCUUCUGGGCUCUUCAUUUUAUUUGUAUGUGUGCACAUGUGAGUUUGUGUGCCUGUGGAUCUGCGUGUGUGUUGAGACCCGAGGUCCUGAGGGCUGAAUGUAAGCCCCGCCAGCCCGAAACCGAUUAUGAUGUCUCCACAGCCCUGCCUCUGGGUGAUGUCAGGUGAAGUUAGCUGUGGCUUGUCUGGGACCCCACAGGAAGCCUUUUACAUGCAGGUGAACAACAGAGGAGGUCCUUUCAGGAGAAAGAAAGGUCCACAGCAUAGGCAGCUGUUCCAACCUUGCUGGAGUAUGGGGGGACUGAGGGCUUUGAGCCUUUCUGCUCCAGAGAACCAGCCUACCCGCUGUUCCAGAAGAGGGACUCCACACACUGCUGUCUGUAGUUAUUCUCUGGCAGAGCUGAGCAGAGGUAUCUAAAAAGUUCUUGGUCAUCCUUCCCUGAGUUUUCUGCCCCAUUCUGGCAGUGCAGGGAAUUGAACCCAGGGCCUCAUACCUGCUAGAGAACUGCUGUACUACAGAGCCAAGCUACAGACCCCUCUCCCUGAAUGCCCUCCCAGAAGCACCACAUCAGCUGUCACUAGGACCUGGGAGGUGGCAUUAGCUGUUUUAGCUUCGGAAUAUACCAAAGUGAGACAGUACCUAACCAUGGUGUGUUUCCUGCAGAGCUGGGACCCAGGCCCAGGAUCCUGAUGCUGAGCUCCCUCUCUGAUUCUGUUAAGUCCACAGAACAGGGAGGAGCCAGUGGCAUGGCCUCUUGCUACCAGCAGCAAGAGUUCUGAAGGAAGCCCCGCCCUCCUGGAGCCCUGCCCACUGUUCUGUGAAGUGAAAAGCCAGUCACUUCAGAAGGGGGGAGUCAGACAGAAACCUUUCACAGACAGCCUCAGGCUGGACAACUCUGCCCUGAGGGCCUCCCCUACCCACUGGACACUCAGCAGCAUUUUUGGCUUCUGCCCCACAGAUGCCAGUUGAUGUCCAACUAUGAGACUCCAAGGAGAGAACACUACCUCACAAGCAAAGGACGGUGGACAGCAGCCGUCAGGAACAGCAGAGGCAGAGACACUCUCAGCCCCUCAACUGAUGUGAAGCCCCCCAGUUUCACAUCCAAUUCCUCCCUUCCCGCUUGGCUCAGGAGCCUCCAAACCAAGAGAGGAAACCAAAACCUUCGAUCAUUUUCCAGAGAGUAAAGAGCACCGUGAAGUGAUCUGCUUUCUAACAGGCUGCAUUUAUAAGGGAAAACAGAACAAGAACUCGAGAGAGGUGGAGUGCACAGCUAACCUGAGGGGAGCCUCACUGGAGAACCAUCCAGUGCAGGGGUCUCUCGGAGGACCACGCCUGCGCUCUUCUUCCAGAUUUACAGAGGACAGAAAUAUGUGCACCACAUGCAUGACACAUGGCAAAUCGCUUCCACAGCUCUAGGGGAGGCUUGAGGGAUGGGUUUUCAGCCAGAAACUCUCGACCCACCCCCCACUCAAGACUACCCAGCUGAGGCUUUUCUGUCCUUGGAAAAUCCGACGCAAUGGGAACAGAUUUUGAGGAAACCUGAACUUAGCCAGGGUCUUCCAGCAAUGACCCAGGGCCACCUCCGAGCUCUGCCCUGCCUCCUGUGAGGGUGAACCCCAGAAUAAUUGACUGCCCUCUGCAGGCCCCGCCUCAGCCGGCAAGCACCCCUCCCCACCCCCACUCUGUGGGAUCCAAGGAGGAGCUUGCAACACCAGCAAUGGCCAGAGUUUUGUCCGACUGACAAAUAUUUGCUGAGCACCCCCACCGUGCUGAGGCCUUUCCCAGCCCUGUCUAACCAGCUGUAUCAGAAUGUUCCAGUUUUCCGCACCAUUGCCAAUAAGGGUCAUGGUCCAAAGCACCCACUGACAAGAUAGUUGAAUCGUGGAUCAGUGCAGUCCUAUGCCUGGCACUUCGGAGUUGGCCUUGCCCAGAAACUGUAUUCCUGGGCCUCGGCUUUUCUUCUGAGAUACAGAAACAAGAAUUUUUCCAGGCUCAGGGGAGCCCUGGCACAUGCUGGAAGACCGUCAGCCAGUGAGCACAGGGGAGGGUGAGUCACCAGAAGAAAGGAUCACUGUCAAGGUAACUGGAAGCCUCAUGAUCUUAAGCAGCAAAUCUUCAUCCAGUCAUGAUGGUGCACACCUUUAAUCCCAGCACUUGGGAGGCAGAGGCAGAUCUCUGAAUUUGAGGCCAGCCUGGUCAACAGAGCAAGUUUCAGGACAGCCAGGGCUACACGGAGAAACCCUGUCUCAAAAUAAAAUAAAAUAAUAGAACAAAAUGGAAUAAAACCAGGAGUGGUGGCACACACUAUUAAUACCAGCACUUAGGCAGAGGCAGGCAGAUCUCUGUGUGUUCAAGGCCAGCCUGAGCUACAGAGGGACUUCCAGGACAGUCAAGGCUACACAGAGAAACCCUGUCUCAAAAACCCAAAAAUAAAUAAAUAAAUAAAAUAACUGAUUUUUACAAUAUUAAUUACUGGUCAAGCACGGUGACACAUGCCUGUAAUUUCUGGUGGCUGAAGCAGGAGAAUGAGGAACUUCAGGCCAGCCUAGGACAAACAAAUAAAAAUCUGAAAGACAGAAGGAAAGCAAAUCUUUUAUUUUCUUUUCAAGUAAUAUGACUUGAAAUACCACAGAGAAUUAAGACUAAGAGCUACCUAAACAGUUAAUCAGUCCUGUAAAAAUUAACAUAUGCAAAUAGACAUUCUGAAGACACUCAAACAAUAGAGAAGGGAGAGAAAACUUUGACUUCAAUAGCAAUAAAUUUAUCAACCAGUGUUAGGGCAUGGUGGGUGUGAUGGGCAUGGUGGACUUGGUGGCCAACUGUAACCCCAAGGAGGCAGAGGCAGGGUGACUGAGAGUUCGAAGCCAGCCUCAACAACAUAGCAAGACCUUGUUUUACUUAUUUUAUAAAGAUUAAAAAAAUUAAUUUGUGUGUAUGCUUGUACAAUACAUGUAUGUAGGUGCCGUCAGAGGAGCUGGGGCUGGAAAAUGAACUGGGAUCCUCUGGAAGAACAGCAAGUUCUCUUAAGUGCUAAGCUGUCUCUCUAGCCCUGAGAGAGAGAGAGAGAGAGAGAGAGAGAGAGAGAGAAAGGUCAGUGAGAUGGCUCAUCAGGUAAAAAUACUUACCGCAUAAGCCUGACAACCUGAGACACACACACAUAAUAAUAAUAUUGGUGACAGAAACAUUUUAAAAAUGAAAGAGAGAGAUAGGAAGUUAACAAAGCCUAUCAAACUUUGAUAUGAGGCCUAAGACAAAGUGUUAAGUGAAAAAAGUAAAGCAGAAAAGACCAUGCACAGUACCGGCUGCGGUUCCUACUGUGUAAGAAAACGGAAGUUCAGAAAGAGACGUGGUCCUGUUCACUCCUGUAAAAUGUCAUGGGAAAGAAUAACUCAGAAAGGAAUGAGAACCAAUGGGGAUGUGCGGAAAUAUCAGGAUCGGUGGAGUCCUGGAACUGUACUUUUGUGUUUUCCUGCUUAUAGAUUUGUGACAACCGAAACCAAACCAAGCCAAAAAAUAAUCCCAACCAAUUAACCAACCAAUCAAUCGGCAGUGGUGAUGAGAACGGAACACAGCACUUUCCGUAGCAAGCUAAGCCAGCUGUGAUUCAGGCAGAGACAAGCCCUUGGCUCUCUCAGCGCCUCAGCCCAUCCAGGCAAUACUUGAAGGUGACAUUCGGCUGCUAGGACUGUGUGUGUUUCAGACAAAAGACAAAACGAGCAAAUCCAGAAACCUGGAAACCAACGUCUUCUUUGCUAGAGAGAGGAAAACAAGGCAGCAGGGGAGAGGUGACUCACCAUCCUGGGUCAGAGUUAGAAGUGUCAGUGACCUCAGGGUUCUGAGGGGAAGGAGAGAGAGAAAUGAACGCACGUGAUUGUGUGCAUGCACGGGUACGAGCGUGUGUCUCUGUGUGCAGCCACGUGUGGGACUAGAAACACGUGGCUAGACACACUAGACACACUAUCCUAACUUGCGCUGUUCACUAAGGGCCCACAGGAGCAAUGACCUCAGGGCUGUGAACCUGGCCAGGCGGGCGUUUAAGCUGCAUUAUCCGUGCGAAGAACCUGGUCGCUGCUGGAGCUGGGAGAGAACGUGAGAGGGUCUCACAGGCCCAGAAUGGCCUCAGCUUCUCAGUAUAGCUGAGGAUGACGUUGAACUUCUGGCCCUCUUGUCUCUACCUCCCGAACGCUGGAUUUGCCAUCCUUUGCCAUGCUGUACAUCUGUAUGCUGUGCUGGGGAUGGAAUCCAGGCCUUCAUGUACGGCAGGUGAGCACUCUACCAGUUCAUUCACAUUCCCAGUCCAGUAAUUUAAAGACAAAGAGAUACAGAAGCCCUGAAGAUGAAGUUUCCAUUAAUCAAAUCUUAGGUAUUUUAAGUGUAAAAAUAACAGUAGUAACAUAUUAUAUAACCCGUAGAAUAAAGACUCUAGUAGUUGGCAUUAAUAUUAAGCGAUAGCCUACAUUUUAAUUAAUUAAUAUGUGCAUUAAUUAAUAUUCUGUACUGAUAUUAACUAGUUAGUUAAUUAACUCAGGAGACAGGGGGUGGCUGUUCAAUAGACAGACACCCAGUGAAUACAGAAGCAGAUAACAAAAUCAGAGCUUGGCCAUCACCACAGUUGAUUAUUCCACACAGGAUUAAUCAGCGAAUACUGAGAUUCAUAAUGAGCUAGAUUAGCUGGAGGAGAAGACAAUCAGCAUGCCCUCCCCUCUCUCCUCAACAAAUCAUUUAUUCAGGAAGGAGAGGCGACCACAGGGCUUGGAAACCUACCCUCAGCACCUCUCCAGGAGGGGGCACCCAGCUGCUGAGAAAGCAGCUCAGUGGCGAGGGGACCCAGAGCCACAGUGAAGAGCGCGCUACACAGGUCACCUACGGGCUUCAAAAGCGAAACACAGGAGCCGCUGCAGACCAGCAGAGAGCAGAGGGGCUCCGUGUGGUGGUGAAGAUCUGGAAUUCUAGCAUUCAGGAGGCUGAGGCUAGAGGAUCUUGAGUUCCAGGACAGCAAGGCGACAUAGUAGGAGUGAGGGCAGGAGCUGGCAGAUCAAGUACCGGACAGGUUGGAUGGAGAUGGUUUUUGUUCUUGUUUGUUCAUUUGUUUUUGGUUUUGGUUUUUGCAUGUCUUUUCUUCAGUUAGAAAGAACAUUAGAUGGAAGUUUGAGGACAUCUGUAGACAGGUUACAGUAUCGUAUCAGGCCUAGCCCUCCCCCCGAUCGCCACCUCACCCCAACCUGGAUCCUAUACUGAGCCUAUACUGUAGGCACGGGGGAAUGGGCCUGGUGUUAGAAAGCUUCGCUGAAUUUACAAGGAAGAAGCCACUGACAACUGACAACUUGGCAAUUUAUUAAUUAAAAGAACAAAAACUGCUUAGAGAGCAAGAAAAGGCAGAGAGAGGGAGGGGUAGAUGACAAAGGUAAUGAAGCAGUGAUAUUUAGGGAUGGGGGAGUAUUUUUGUAACAUUUCUUUAAGCCUGAAGAUAAACGUUUUUAUUUUUCAUACAUUUUUUUUUUUAUUCCGUCUCCGCUGGGCAGCUAACUGGACCCACAUCCUGAAAACAAGAUACAGAGACCAUCUAAAGCUGUUCUCACGAUGAAAGUGGUUAAGGACAGUUGGACUGUCUAGGAAGUCGAGACCCACAGGUCGGGACCCACAACCUAUAGCGUUAUUCUUGGAGCAGUAUCCAAGGACCUAUCAGAGGAAGGGCAUUCCACUGAACCAUUCCCAGAAGUGAGAGCUCCAAAGGACGCCUCCCCCCCCACAACCACAACCACCAGAAAACAAAACAGAACUAGCCAGUUUGAGACACGUGUUCUAGUCUCAAGAAAGUCCCACCAGAAGAGAGUCUGGGCAAGGGAUGUCUUCUCUGCCCUUCCUUUCUUCGGCUUGUAUCCUUGGCUGCCACCAGGAGCUGCCUCUGCAGAAGGUCACAGAUGGGGGCGGGGUGGGGGAGGAUAGGAUGGAGCGGGAACUUUCCUCUGGAUCCUUUCAGCGCAGCCUAGACUGGGAUUAAAGUGAUCACACACCACGUGCCUGGCGCGGAUGGCCAGGGCUGGGAUUCUGAGGGACACACGGUGUAGGUUGAGAACAGACAAACAAGCCACAGGUCAUAGCCAAGCUUCUGAACACCCAGCCACCUAGACCGCAGCGGAACCGGUAGGUCAGUGUGUCUUCCUUCUCAGGACGGAGGGGUCUGAUGAGCGCCCCCUGCUGGCUGAAGGGAGCAGCUCCCAGGCCCAGGCGGUUCUGCUGGAGGCCAGCUACUGUCACAUCACAGGUUUGUGCCUGCAAAACAUGAGCAGGCAAUUCCUUCCUUCCUUUUUUUCCUUCCUUCCUGUCUUCUUUUCCUUCUUUCCUUUCUUCCUUCCUCUUUCCCUCCGUCCCUUCCUCUCCCCAUCCCUCCCUCCCUUUCUCCUUCCUCCCCCUUCCUUUCUUCCUGUUUUGAAACAGGGUCUCUUUAUACAGUCUUGGCUCUCUUGGAACUAGCCUUGUAUAUCCCGGGCUGGCAUCAAACUCACAGAGAUUCUCCUGCCUCUGCCUCUCAAGUGCUAGGAUUAAAGGUGUGUGUCACCAUGCUUGGCCUCAGACUGCCCUUUCACAACAUUUUAAGUGGAGUUGUAAAGGCACCCCAUGGAAUGGGAGAGAGUUAUGGGCUGUGAGCUCAAGUCCUGUGAGCUCAAGGGACGGAUGGAGGGCUCAUUUUAUCUAUCUAUCUAUCUAUCUAUCUAUCUAUCUAUCUAUCUAUCUAUCAUCUCUCUAUCUAUGUAUCUUUGAGACAGGGUCUCCCCAGCCUAGGCUGACCUCAAACUUCCUAUGCAGUCUUUCUCCAAGUUGUAGGAUUACCGGUGUGCACCCCACCCUGGGCUUUCUCGGAAACCAAGCCCCAACCCCUGAGACAAUAUUGGUGAACAUCUGCUAAAAUUCUAGAACAUUCUAAGUGAAAACAUGGCAAUGCAGUUGUUAGGAACAUCCAGGCCUGUGGGUCUGUUCUCCCCCCUACCCAGGACCCCACCUUUACCAAGCCUCAGCACACUGUAGGUGUUCCAUCGUGGGAGCCAACCUUCAUUACCUGGAAGGACACUGGGAGGUUGCGAAAUGAACUAACACCAUGGCUUGAUUAUUGCAAAUAGUGUAAGGUGAGGUUUGACGAGGCUGCAGACCCAGCGAGCCAGAUGUCAUGAGUGGAGGACCACGGGACAGAUUCAGACCCUGGACUUUCGAAGCCUGUUGCUCAGUGAGAAGAGUUCCCACGGCUAGAUGUGUGUUCUCUGACCCACUCCAUCUCCUCGUGUGACCCGGCACGGGGUGCUGACUGCCAGGCGGCACCCACACAGCAUGAGCGCAGAGCCCACCCCCAGGUGGGGGUGGAAUUGGAUCUGACAUGAGGAACCAAACAAGGGCUUGAAGCUAAUAGGGAUGUUCUGACAUUCUGAACUUGGAGGUGGGGAGAACAAAAUGAAUGACAUCUUUGUCACAGAACUGCCAGCAGAGGUGACACAAGCCACUCAGGUGCUAGGUGCUGCUAAAAGGAGAACACUUGAAAUGGGACAGCCCACGAGCGAUGUGCUCAGAUGAGAACUCAGGGGGUCUUCUGAGACCCUACAGUGGAAUGACUGGAGGGUCACUUUGGGCCGUGGGGCUUAGCAUGCAACGGCAGCUACUCUGUCCUGGAGGAUUUAGGGGUAGCCUGUCUUCCUGCCUUCCCUUGGAGUCCCAGCAUGGAGUGGGUGGUAGGCUGGCUGACCCACGGCUAAUGAGACAACCUUUGGCUCAAGCAACGCUCUUGACAGAAUAGCUGGCUGGCUUCAUAAAAGCUGAUGCUCUCUGGCCUCCGUGUAGCUGGCAUGGUGAGCACUCCUCUUUCGUGACUGACCGCUUCUUCACAGCUGCUGUCGGUCUCGUUUUAUAGGUGGGGGAAUAAGGUUCAGAGAGAGUGCGUGACCUUUCCAAGGCCAUCCAGCAGAUAAGCCACAGAGCUGGGCUGCUGGUUGGCAGCCUUGUGUGGGAGACUACACCCCUGUGCUCCGCUCUCACCUGUCCCCAUUUCUGGCUGAACCAGGACCUCCGGAAAAGCAUCAGAUAGGCCCAAAGGGGGCAGUGGAGAAUUUAAAGUUUGACUCUCUUCAGGCUUAGCCACCUUCCUGGAAAGUAUCUAAAGAAUGCUAAGUGUUUCCCAAUUGUCUUCUGAGGAAGCAGCAAAAACCCCAUGCAAAUAAACAAACCACAAAGAUAAGACAAUGCGUGACUGCAGUCUGGCUGCCAGGAUUCUGGGCUUUUUCCUCACCCUCUCAAGCCCACCUUCCCUGAAGCAAGCAAGCCCGGGUGAAAGACAGGGGCCACCUCUGACAUCUUCAUCUCCAGGUUUCAAUCUUGGCACAGAGUAGGUGCUCAGCAUACCCAGUGAUACAUGAAAGACACCUGGAAAGAAGGGCUGAGGACGUUUCCACAGUUGGAUGAAGAUCCUCCUAGUCUGCCAUGCAUUCCCUCCCCAAAGGGGCCAGACCAAAGCCCAGGCAGAAAUGGGAAGGAAUAUAGUGGCAGCUGUGGGCUGUUUACGGGACUUGGACCUUGUUACCUGGCUUUCGAUGUGACCCGCUUUUGGGGGGGGGGUGUCACUUCGAAGGGGUUGUGUUUAGAUCUGAAGUGCUCCCUACCCAGCUCAUUUGUGAAAACUUGGUCCCCAGCUCACGGCAUCAUUGGGGAUGAUUAGCACAAGGAGCCAUUUUAUCAGUGGAUUAACCCACUGAUGAGUUCCAAGCUAAAUGGGCUAUUCAGAGAUAGGACCUAGGAGGAGGAAGUGGGUCACUGUGGGACAUGCUUCAGAACGGUAGAACCUCUCUCUCUUCCUUCUUUCCCACAACAAGAUGAGCAGAUUGACCUAGGUUCAACCCCACCCCACCCCUAAAAAGGGAAACUAAAAUCAACAGUCAAUGAAACCACGGAAACCGAGCAAAACAUAAUAACUCUUUCUCCUUUCAAGUGAUUUUACUCAGGUACUUUGUUACAGUAACGAAACAUUAACACAGGGGGAGAACUUCAGGAAUCUGUUUGAAGGGGCUCUGCCACCCAGGCAGGAGUUCUGAAAGAAGGAGGGAAAAUUGAGGCAAACCUACCUCAGGGGACUGGCCCAGCCUCCAUGUGACACCUCUGGGAUCGGAGCCAAACAGGACAGUGCCCUGAACUGUGCUGGGCCCAGAGUCACCAGCAGGUGUGUGGACUGCGGUCCUCUCCCCUGUGGUGUGGCCUCAAGAGAGCCACUGCAGGGUUGCCACAGGACCUGAGGAGGGUGGGACAACCUUUGAGUCAGAGCCUCUUCCAGCACUGACUGGACAAGCCCACAGUCCCUGAGCCUUAUUUUAUGUACCAUAAGAUAGACAUGGAGAAGUAGGAUCCGUAUUCAAGUCUCAGAAUGGUAACAGCCCACUUGAACCAGAAAAAUCCCUCAGUGAACAGUACCUGCCGCUCUGGUGGCUGAUGCCAUCACCAUUCUCAUGACAGAAUACCAAGAGCAUGGGCUUUCUUUCCUUCUCUCCUUCUUUCCUUCUUUCCUUCCUUCCUUCCUUUUCCCCUCCCUCCCUCCCUCCCUCCCUCCUGCCUCCUCCUCCUCCUUCUUCUGUUUUGUUUUGUGUUUUCAAGACAGGGUCUUUUUGUGUAGCCUUGGCUGUCCUGGACUCACUUUGCAGACCAGGCUGGCCUCGAACUCACAGAGAUCUGCCUGCCUAUGCCUCCCUGAGUGCUGGGAUUAAAGGCUUGAGCCACCUCCCUCGGCUGAGCCUGAUUUGAGAACACAGUGGUUGAUGACCUUGUCCUCGCUGACUGCUUUUGGUGUCGAUGGCCAGGCACUUAUAACAGGGCCCUGGCUGGAGGACACCUGUAGGAGGAAGACCUGCUUUCCAUCUUUAUAAGGGGUUUGCUCCACUCACCUCCUCAGUGAUGUCGAGUUUUGAUUGUCAACUUGACACAGUUUAGAAUCACCUGAGAAGAGAGGUCAUGAACUGUCUAAAUCAGGUUGGCCUGUGGGCAUGUCUGUUCGAGAUUGUCUUGAUUAUGUUAGUUGACGUGGAGAGACCAGCCCACUGUGGGUGGCACCAUUUCCUAGGGUUGGGUCCAGGACUGUGUGAGAGUAGAUGAAGUGAAUGGAGUACAAGCACAUUGCAUUCAUUCUCUCUCUGCUCUCCAUUGUGGAUGUGACCAGCGUCUUCAAGGUCCUGCCACCUUGACUUCCCGACAAGGAAAGGAUGUGACCUGGAGUUAUGAGCCAAAUAAAACAUUUUUCCCCCAA